AUGGAAACCGAAGAGGUCUCAAUGAUUAACGACCAGACUCUUCCUGGCGCUUGGCCCAUAACUCCGCUACACAAAAGGACCCAUACCUAUCCUUUACAGCCUCAAGAACGCGUCGUGCAACUUCAAAGCAGAACAAGAUCUCUACUGCAACGACAUCAACAAACUCGGAGUGCUCUUUCAGGUAUCUCAUGUUCAUGUGGAAACCUUGUAUCUAGCUCUUCGAGCUUUGGCGUUCCAUCAGACGACUCAAAUCUCACCAGAUUCACUCCGAGCAAUUCCGCGUUUGCCGUCCAUUCUCUAACGUCCUCUCCAAGUUCCAUUGCCUCCUCAACGCCCAGUUUUAGAAAACGCGAAACUUCAAAGCCAGGUUGCGUAUCUCCUCUGCCACUCAGUUUUUCUCGGCGCAUACAGCCGCCUCCCGUGCCAAACGAUCUGGGUCUGAGGGCAAACAAUAGCUCCCCGCAUGCCCUUGCUCAGUUACCGUCGCAUGCGGACGUCUCUCUUUCUCGCACUUCGAUCUCGCACUCGAUGGAGGCCUCUUUUGGUGCCAAGAGCCUCGCAACAUCUUCACCCCACUCUAGAUUUACCUCUUCUCAAAGUUCAGCCAGAAAUCUUGAUACCUCGCUGUCUCCAAUUAUCUUCACGUCCCCAACGUCUUCCAAUAUACCACGGAGAAACGCUCGAGGCAACUCUGACGACGCGUAUGAUUAUAGUAGUUUCUGGAAAUCAUCGGGAGAUGAAGAUGAAUUUGAUGAUUCUCGACUUCUGCAGAUCGGAACGCCAUCUCCAACGCCAUCUCCUAGCCCGUCUCCUGUGUCUGUGGGGAAUAACCGUCGCCGGGAUGGGUUGACUGUUUCUGUGACCUCUCCUUCAGUAGAUGAGCUAGUGCUACCUCAGGCGAUGUUAACAACACUCUCGUUACCAGGAACCCUCAAUGACGAUAGCUUCAGUUUGAAUCUUCCAGUUCCGUUUGAACCACGGGCUCUCGCGUCUUACGCAAAUUACACAGACCAAGAGAGUUCUGCUACACCAUACACGCCAUCGCUCGCCCCAUACUCUGAAACCUCUGACUUCGUUACUACUCCAACUUCGACUACGUCACCUUUAAUUCUGGCACCCGCCCGUCUAGAGGAUGCUAGUUCUAUUCAUGCCGUUUACUUCUCUCAGUCUACACACACCUUGGCACGAACUCCUGUCGACCUUUCACCAAGCACGCCAGCGACGGAAGAAAGAGAUGUAUUCAGUGCCGCAGAUUUUGCACACGCCGUGGUCAUGUCCUCCUGGGGGAAUCCUGCCUUAGGCAUUGAAGCCGCUGUUGCUCCUGUGACUAGCCGGACUGUUGACGGUAGCAUCAUCGAAGAUGUUCCUCAAAUUCAGACCGAAACACCCGUCAAUACCAACCGGUCUAGACGAUCCAUCACUUUUACAGAAAAGCGCCGUCCUCGUGGUGGUAUUCUUAGUCGGGUGAAAAAGCUAGGAAACAAAGUCAAGGCCUUCCUUAUGGGUAAACCUAGACCACCUCAUCGAUAUGUUUUGAAAAGGUCGAUCACAGUUCAAGAAAGUCUGGAUGUGGUCGACAUCACCGGAAACCAAUCGCCUGGCUCUCAAAUUCUCCCCCGCCUAGAGUUGGAGUUGGGUGGGGAGGGCCUGGCGCUAGCUACCCGUACCCGAAGGUGCAGGCCUGGCUUGACUCCCGAAACAUACACUCCCGCCGAAGAUCCUGUUCUUGAGGUUCAAGAUAGAGUCUUCCCAGCAAGAAUAAACAGGAACUCUCCCGACACAACGAGGACACCCGAAAGUGACGGCUACCCUCGAGACGAACUUCAAGUUCAGCUAGCAGAACACGCCCGCCCCAAAACUGUCAAUGAGAUCAAAGCAAGGCGCCCAUUCUCAUUCUCCGCUUUUUCUUCGAACUUGACCGCAUCAUCUUCCAAUACCAGCAAUUUAAAGUCCCGACCAGUUUCCGAUUUUGUAUUAGCGUCGCAUACUAGCUAUUCUGGACAAGGACGAGCAAUCGGCCAACACCGAGGUUAUGUGGCUAACCGUGUCAUUUUGCCACCUAGGAGAUAUUCUUAUGUCCCACCCCCACCUGGUCUGACGGAUCCGGCGUCCUCUGGCGCCUAUAGCUCAACGUUGCCACCUAAUAGUAAUGGUGAUCAUCACUCUACAUCGGGCGACGUUCAGACUACCUCCGAGUGCGUGAGACCGACGGAUACUCGGAGAUAUUCUCUUUCUGCUCUCUCUAGUUUUGCGGCGGGGUUGAAACACCGGGGUACUUGGGCUCGCUAUUCCUAG